AUGGUCACACGGUCGAUUUCCUUAAAAGGUUCGUGGGACAGGGGGCAUGUGUAUGUUCGUCCGAUUCAACGCGAUUUAGACUUAAAUCCGGAAACAGCAAAAAAUGAACAUGGUGAAGUUGUGGAAGAAAUUUGCAAUUAUUGUUUCAAUAUUUUUCCAAUGAAUCAACUCAGAGAGCACAUAUAUGUGUGCCCUGCCAAAAGAAAAGAGGAUACUGGCACAAGAAAAGAGGAUACCACAGUAACUUUUGCAAGGUACAAAGAUAGUUUUAAGGGACUGGUCAUUAAUUACAGGGGGGGGGGUUGGUAGAAAUGAAAAAUUAAAUUUUAAUGAAAUAAAAAGUUUUGUUGGCCCUUCCUUGAGGAUAACACAAUUGUACCUAACCCCCCUCCCCCCUCCCCACAUGUAAUAAUAAAAGGCACAUGUAAAUGUAUUAGGACAUCCGAAGAGGGUAGGGGGUUAACUUCCUAUUUCCUCCAUGGGGGAGGUAUAGAUGUUUUCUGGAAUGACCCAAUUUAUUAUUCUUUACCAUUUUAUUGAGUCAACAACUUUUCCAAUUUAACAUGUUUAUGUUGAAAUCAUUUUCAUAAAUGCUGUUGUGUUGGAGUCAGUGGCGCCGUGGGACCCAUGUUUUUUGGAGGGGGCAAGGGCAGUACUUUUCUGACAAACUGAAAAAUUUUUCAAACAAACCAAAAAAAUUUCCGGACAACAACAUUUUAAAUCUUCACCCCUCCCAACAAUUUUGAAAAUUUCCGACAACAUUGGCAAUUUUCCGGCGGGUCUCAACAAUAGGGCGGCAUGGCCCCCCUGCCCCCCCCCUGGCCACAGCGCCACUGGUUGGAGUGUAGUCUACCUCUCUAUUUUUUAUCUGUUCAAUGGUAUGACGGGGUAACACAGGGCAGGUAUUUAUAUUGCAGUAAAAGUUUUGGCUUCCCUUUUUCAUGCACAAAAAUAUCUGCCCCUCCCCCCUUUUUCCACCAUAAUGCACUAUUGUCAGACCUACCAACCUGAACAACUGAUAUAUAGGGAGAAAACCCAUCAAAGCCCUUUUCAUUGGAGCAAUCAGAUUGAGAUUAGUGUUCAAACUCCUAGCUACACUUGCAGCCAGAGACGGAUUUUCAUUCAAGGGGGGAAAAAUAUCUGGGGGGGGUGCUGCUGCUUGCUUUGGCCGGGGCGUGGUGGCAACGCCCGGAAAGGCCAAAGAAAAAGUUUAACAAAAUUUGUUUUCUAGGCCUGCAUGGCGAGAUCUGAGACCAUAAUAUUAUUUGGUAAUAUUUUACAAAUUUAGUAGUAAGAAUAAUCAAAUAUAAAACUAUCAAAUCAAAAGAUAUAUAAUUUUCGGGGGUGCCAAAUGACUUUGGGGGAGGUGCAAAUCAUUUCUGGGGGGUGCGCACCCUUCCCCCCCCCCAGAAAAUCCUGCCUGCUUGCAGCACAAGAAGCCCCUUGACUAAUGUUAAAUUCUGCACUAUCUUGGACUGAAAAUACAACAUGAAGACGUGUUUUAGAAUCUAAAAUGAAGUCAUUACAAUAAAUGAAACGAAACGCAGUUGUCCAUAGAUAUUUCUCAAUAAAAUUCAAUAAGAUCAACAAGAAAUCGGGAUAAUUGCCAGUUACCAAUAUCAGGUCACACAAUACCGGAGAUCACAGGUCUAUACCGGGAGACUCCUGGCUAUGUCGGGAGAGUUGGCAGGUCUGCUAUCAUUGUCAUUGGUACAACCUACGGCUACACCUCCCCACCCAGGCUUAAACAAAAUAGUAUAAUUCUUCACCCCGGGGGGUCAUUUCCCCUUUUUAUCCCCACUAUCAAAAACAAAAUAUACUUGAUUACAAUAAACCAUUACAGAAAUUUUAAUGGGCCUCUGAUUUCCUAUCUAACCCCAUUGGGCACUGAAUCCACAAGAGCCUGUUUCAUCCAAGAGGAAUCAUCAUGUGGAUGAAACAGGCUGUUUUGACAACCUUUUGAGGCAGGAAACUACCUGCUCUAUCUAUAUGACAUCGAGGACUUGUACUGUAUCACUGGUAUAAAAGCACAAUCAUGUAUUUUUCCCAGGCUACCUUUCCCAACAUGGGCCUUCACUUGAAGCUUCAAAACAAUGUAUGAAAACACUUGUGCUUCGCGCUCGUGUUUUCAUACAUUGUUUUCUCGUGUUUGGAUAUCCCGGUGAAACACUCGCUCUUGUUGUUCAUAAUAGUACAUAUUAAAUUGCUAUGUUUAAUCCAUUACUUUAAUAUCCAAGACUUUUUCUUUGAGGUUUAAUAAUAGUCUGAUGUUAGACUAAAAAUGAUAAAUUAUUUAUGUAAUAAAAUUACAGUGAGGAAAGCAAUCAACAUGAGGUUAUUAAUGUGGAAGAAGAUGAAAUCCCAGAUACAAAGCCACAGUGUUCAGAGGAGAUACCACAGUCUGAUGCGGUCAGCAGAGAAAAUACUGACUUUGAUAUGAUGUAUGCCUCUCUUAUCUUCGAAGACAUAAAUGCUGAUCAAUUCUCGGAUGAACAAGUUGACGAAGAUGAAGAAAAACCACCAGCAGUGGUUACUAGCACAGGCGUUCUGGAUAUCAAAGAUAUUUUAGAAGAACUUGCUACUGUAAAUAUUGACAAUCAACAUAUUUCAAAAUUUAAUAUAUGUCGUAGUAACAUUUGGGAUGGUGUAUUGCGAGGUAUGGAAAGGAAAUCAUUUUCUCCCAACAAGAAAGUAUCUGUAAAAUUCACAGACGAUGUAGGUCUUUCAGAGGGUGCUGCAGAUUUGGGAGGUCCAAUGAGAGAGUUUUUUACCUUAGCCCUUGAGAAAGUAUUGUCUGGUAAACUUUUCUGUGGUCAAGAGCAUCAGAAAUUUUUGUCAUAUGAUGCCAAGGCUCUAAAACAAGGUGAGUAUUUCAAGGCUGGGCAAUUAUUUUCCAUGGCUUUAGUUCAUUGUGGAAUAGGUCCUCGUUGUUUAAGUCCAAUCUUGUUUGAUUCCAUGGUCAAAGGUCCAGGUGAAAUUCUUGUUCCUAUUGAUUCUGUUUAUGAUCCCGAAUUACAGUUAGGUCUUCAAAGGUUGAUGUCUGUCCAGUCGGUAGUUGAUGCAAAUAAAGUGAUUGUUGAUGAGAAAUUACAGGGAAUUCUAGAACUGUCUGGAACGUUGAGGGUCAUGAAAAGUGUAUGUGAUGUUAAGGAAGUUUCUAGUGAGACGGCCCAUUGGUAUGUUCUCGGCAGAACAAGGGCAUCAUUUGAAAGUUUUAAAAACGGUCUGAAUUGCUUGGGUUUGCUUGAUGCUCUCCUUCAUAACCCUGAUUCGUUUCGCCAAACUAUGUGUUUCCAUUCACAAGUUCUUUCUUCAGACAUCUUUGAGGAACUUUUCACAGUUUAUAGAAGUGAAGAAUUGUCUAAUAGAUGGGAAUUAGAAAAUAAAAUUCUUGCUUUUUGGAGAGAUCUGUUGUUGGAUAUCGAGGAAAAAGAGUCUGAAAUUACUUUUUCUGAUAUUCUCUUCUUUGCUUCAGGUUUAAAAGUUGUUCCUUCUCGUGGGAUAUCUUUAGAGCUUGAAUUCUUACAUGAUCCUGAAAAAAAUGGUCAGCUGUCUAACUUUCCCAAGUCAAACACUUGCUCAUGUGUUCUUUACUUGCCUGUCACUCAUUCUAUAUAUGUUGAGUUUAAAGGAGCUUUCACAUUUGCAAUUCGAAAUGCAAAGGGUUUUGGUAAUCCUUAA